UCUCGUACCGGGGUCUAAUCUAUCAGCUGCUGCCUUCUCAAAUCUUCGUCUCGCUUUCUCUCUCCUCACUUUCUCUCUCUAUCUCUUUCACUUACAAUGCGCUGUUGAUGAGUUUGAUGUCUCACCCCACCAAACGCUCCUCAGCCAUCAACCACAGCAGCAGCGGCACCUCCUCCUCCUCCUCCUCCUCUCUCAACCCUUCUUCCGCCGGCCCACCCAUGAAAAAGGCCAAGUCGCAGGCGGUGGCCUGUUCCCUCGAUCCCAGCAAAAAUGGCCUCCACCACCACCACCACCACCCUCACACUCACCCUCCCCAGGACCCCGAUAACGACGCCGUAUUCGACCCCUCUUCCAUGUCCCUCGACGAUGAUCUCAGGCCCGACGACCCCUCUCCCCGAGGCGUCGCCGCCAAUUUGUCCCGCAAAAAGGCCCAGCCCCCUCAGCCCUCUACCAAGAAGCUCGUCAUCAAGCUCGUCAAAGCUAAACCCACAUUACCCACAAAUUUUGAAGAGGAAACAUGGGCAAAGCUGAAGUCGGCUAUUUGUGCUAUAUUCUUGAAGAAACCUGAUUCUUGUGACUUGGAGAAGCUUUAUCAGGCUGUUACUGAUCUCUGCCUGCACAAGAUGGGAGGAAGUCUUUAUCAACGGAUUGAGAAGGAGUGCGAAAGACACAUAGCUGCAGCGCUGCAAUCUUUGGUUGGCCAAAGCCCAGAUUUAGUGGUUUUUCUAUCACUUGUUGAGAGAUGCUGGCAGGACCUCUGUGAUCAGAUGUUAAUGAUUCGCAGUAUAGCCUUAUAUCUUGAUAGGACAUAUGUGAAACAAACACCAAAUGUGCGUUCAUUGUGGGACAUGGGAUUGCAGCUUUUCCGCAAACAUCUUUCUCUGUCUGCAGAAGUUGAACACAAAACUGUCACUGGCCUUUUAAGAAUGAUAGAGAAAGAAAGAUUAGGUGAAGCAGUGGCCAGGACUCUGCUUAACCAUCUUUUGAAGAUGUUUACAGCUUUAGGGAUCUACUCAGAAAGCUUUGAGAAGCCAUUUCUUGAAUGUACUUCUGAAUUCUAUGCUGCUGAAGGCAUGAAAUAUAUGCAGCAAGCAGAUGUUCCGGAUUAUUUGAAGCAUGUGGAGACAAGGUUGCAUGAAGAACAUGAAAGAUGUUUAAUCUACCUGGAUGCAAGUACAAGAAAGCCAUUAGUUGCAACAGCGGAAAAACAGCUUUUAGAGCGCCAUAUUCCUGCCAUUCUCGACAAGGGUUUCACAUUGCUGAUGGAUGGGAAUCGCAUUGAGGACCUUCAAAGGAUGCACACUCUUUUCUCCAGAGUCAAUGCCCUUGAAUCACUAAGGCAAGCGCUUAGCUCAUACAUCCGGAGGACAGGGCAGGGGAUUAUCAUGGAUGAAGAAAAAGAUAAAGAAAUGGUUGCUUCUCUUUUGGAAUUUAAGGCUUCUCUUGACACUAUAUGGGAAGAAAGCUUUUUCAAGAAUGAAGUAUUUUGCAACACCAUAAAGGAUGCCUUCGAGCAUUUAAUUAAUCUCCGACAGAACCGACCUGCUGAGCUGAUUGCCAAGUUUUUGGACGAGAAGCUUCGUGCUGGGAAUAAGGGUACGUCUGAAGAGGAAUUGGAGGGAAUGCUUGAUAAGGUCUUGGUUUUAUUCAGGUUUAUACAGGGUAAGGACGUGUUUGAAGCAUUUUAUAAGAAAGAUCUUGCAAAAAGGCUACUGUUGGGAAAGAGUGCUUCUAUUGACGCAGAGAAGUCUAUGAUUUCCAAGCUGAAGACCGAGUGUGGCAGUCAGUUUACAAACAAACUCGAAGGAAUGUUCAAGGAUAUUGAACUGUCGAAAGAGAUAAACGAGUCCUUCAAACAAUCAUCCCAGGCUAGGACAAAACUCCCAUCAGGGAUUGAGAUGAGUGUUCAUGUCCUUACGACUGGGUACUGGCCUACAUAUCCUCCCAUGGAUGUUAGACUUCCUCAUGAAUUGAAUGUAUACCAGGAUAUCUUCAAGGAGUUUUACCUAAGCAAGUACAGUGGUAGGCGUUUGAUGUGGCAAAAUUCAUUAGGCCACUGUGUCUUGAAAGCAGAGUUUCCUAAAGGCAAAAAGGAGCUUGCAGUUUCUCUGUUUCAGACCGUUGUCUUGAUGCUGUUUAAUGAUGCUGAGAAGCUAAGCCUUGAAGACAUUAAGGAUUCAACUGGCAUUGAGGACAAGGAACUGAGAAGAACACUGCAGUCCCUUGCAUGUGGAAAAGUUCGUGUCCUACAAAAGUUUCCCAAAGGGAGAGACGUGGACGAUGGCGAUACAUUUACGUUCAAUGAUUCAUUUACUGCUCCUCUCUACCGCAUAAAGGUGAAUGCGAUCCAAAUGAAGGAAACAGUGGAGGAGAACACGAGCACCACUGAAAGAGUAUUUCAAGACCGCCAAUAUCAGGUUGAUGCUGCAAUUGUUCGGAUAAUGAAAACUAGGAAGGUGCUGAGUCACACUCUUCUGAUAACAGAACUGUUCCAACAGCUUAAAUUUCCGAUUAAGCCGGCAGAUUUGAAGAAAAGGAUUGAAAGCCUGAUUGACCGGGAGUACCUAGAACGGGACAAGAACAACCCGCAAAUUUACAACUACCUAGCAUAAUAAAGGAAAUGAAAUCCAGCAGAUAUUGAAGUUUUCUCCUUUGUAAAUGACACAGGAAAGACGACGACUUCUGUCUUGGGGAGGGAAGAAGGCAGGAUGUCCUGUCCGGUCCGGUCCCUUCCCUCGUCUAAUUUAUUAUGUACAGCGACUUGUAGUUUUUAUCUUUUUUUCUCUUAAAUUUUUGUACUUAGAUUGUAAAGAAUAUUUAGUUCGUGCGAAAAAGAGUCGACCACUUGAAUGAAUUGCUGUGAACAAAGAAAAAAGAAAGAAUUAUCUUUAUCUUC